GCUGUUGAUGUCGGGGCAACGGUGAAAAACAUGCCAGCUUUCACUUCACUUCCUGCACUCUCAGUGUCAACACGUAACGCUACCCACCCAAACAAAACUCAGUGCAGUGUAACCAACAAUAGUGAAUAACUGUUGUUAGAAGAACCAUUGCUUGCAUGUGAAGUGUCAUUCAAGCUAAUUCCUUCAGAAAUUUUUCUUCUCGUGACCUGUAUUGACUCUGGAGCCAGUGGUGCCCCCAGCUCUACGGGCAUCACUCGUCACUGUCCCUCCAUCGACACUCAUCAUGGCAAAAGAUACAUUGAGCCCCAGGAACACCAAUUUCCUGUCUAAGUUGUGUUGGUGGACACAACACGAAGACGAAGACUGGAGCUCCAAUCCCAAUGAUGCUUGGGCAAAAAUCAGCAGUGACCAGAUAGUAGACACAGUUGUCCCCAUCUCACCACACACUCCUCCUGCACCUAAUAUGGUAAGAUUCGUGUGUAUGAGUGACACACACAACACAACGGAUUCCCUGUAUCAUCCAGUGCCUGACGGGGACGUGUUGCUACAUGCUGGGGAUUUCACCUUCCAUGGCUCCCUGAACGAGGCCAACAAGUUCAACAAAUGGCUAGGAACGCUACCGCACCCCCACAAGGUAGUGAUCGCGGGGAACCACGAGGUGUUGUUGGAUCAGGAAGCCUGCCUCUUUGUCAAGGCUGCCGACCCUCUCCAAGUCCUCACCAAUGCCACCUACCUGAACGAGGACUCAGUUACCCUCUACGGCAUCAAGAUCUAUGGCGCCCCCUGGACGCCUGAGUAUCACAAAAUGGCCUUCAACAUACAGCGCGGGAAGGAACUUCGGAAAAAGUGGUCGAAGAUUCCCAAAGACACAGAUAUCCUGAUGACCCACGGUCCUCCCCUGGGUCACGGUGACCUGACCUGGCGAAAGGAACGGGUAGGCUGUGUUGAUCUCCUCUCUGCCACAAAAAACAAAGUCAAGCCCGCCUACCAUGUCUUCGGCCACAUACAUGAAGGGUACGGGAUGACGACGGACGGCCAGACAGUGUUCGUGAAUGCUGCCACUUGCAACCUCGACUAUAAUCCCGUCAACCCCGCCAUCGUGUUCGACAUGCCUCUACCUGAUGGUUUCACCAAACCCACACCAUAACACAGCUACUCGCACCACAGACGUAAACACAACAACUCUCAUAAGAAACAAAGAGGGACAAGAAGACAAGUCGGGGAGAAGUUGUGGAGUCUUCUAGCGACACACAACCUCGCGACCUGACUAGCGUCUGUAGUAUCUACAAACCUGUCUGUCCUUUAUGGAUCCCUAUAGAAAGUCAGGUGUUUAGGUGUGCCAGCACACUGCACAAAUGAUAGCACUAUGCGGAUUUUAGUUAACAGAACUGGUUGCAAUUUUUUACCCUAAAAUAACGGCGAUAAGAUCGGUAAGGUGUGUUUCACGUCUCUACUCUCACGUCAACAAUUCAUCUAACAUUACUUAGUCUUAACCUUAUGUGUAAAUAAUAUGUGCUUAAUAAUUACU